UUUUCAUUGCUGUAGGUCCUCAUGGCCUUUGCGCCCAGCGGUCCUGAGGCCUCGUUCUUCGAGGUUUUGGACCAGCACAGGGCUUCCCUGCUGGCCACCCUGAGGAGAGGGGGCGGGGAGCCCGCGCACGAGGGGACGCGCCUGGCGUCGAGGUUUGAAGAUUCUGUGGGUCUUCACAUGAUAUCUCAUUGUACCACAAGAAAAAUCAAGAGCGAUUCACCAAAAUCAGUUAAGAAUUUUGCACUAAUUCUUAAAAUACUGUCCACGAUUUAUAAAUUAGUACAGAGCAACACUUACGCAACCAAAAGAGACAUAUAUUACACUGACAGCCAACUCUUUGGUAACCAGACUGUUGUGGACAAUAUUAUCAAUGAUAUUUCCUGUAUGUUAAAAGUGCCGAGGAGGAGUCUACAUAUACUAUCUACAUCAAAAGGUUUAAUUGCUGGCAAUUUAAGGUAUAUCGAAGAAGAUGGCACCAAGGUGAAUUGUACCUGUGCAACAGCUGUUCCUGUGUCAUCUAAUAUUCAAGGAAUUCGGAAUUUAAUUACAGAUGCGAAAUUUCUAUUAAUCGUAGAAAAAGACGCAACAUUUCAGCGACUCCUAGAUGACAAUUUUUGCAACAAAAUAUCUCCGUGCAUCAUGGUUACGGGAAAGGGAGUACCCGAUCUGAACACAAGACUUCUAGUCAAGAAGCUGUGGGACACAUUUCACAUUCCUGUUUUCAGUCUUGUAGAUGCUGAUCCACAUGGCAUAGAAAUUAUGUGCAUCUAUAAGUACGGGUCUAUGGCUAUGUCUUUUGAAGCCCAUAACCUCACGGUUCCAGCUAUUAGAUGGCUUGGUCUCCUGCCGUCUGAUAUCAAAAGGUUAAAUAUACCUAAAAGUACUUUAAUUCCAAUGACAAAACGGGACCAAAUGAAACUUGACAGUAUCCUGAAGAGACCUUAUGUUACUUGCCAACCAUUUUGGAGAAAAGAAAUGGAAAUAAUGGGAGACUCUAAAAUGAAGGCAGAAAUUCAAGCUUUGACCUUCCUAUCAUCAGAUUAUCUUUCCAGAGUGUACUUACCUAACAAACUAAAAUUUGGAGGAUGGAUAUAAAAAUAUAUCAGAAUAUACCUUGUGAUUGCAAGAUGCUUUUCAUUAAUUUUGUUUUCAGUAGUAGAUACUUAUGUGAAAAGAACAUAUAUUCUUAAUUUUAUAGAGGUCAAAUAAAAUAAUUUUCCAUCGAUUGUACUUUUUGUCAAAAAAAUGCUGUUCUCUAAUUUUCUCUACAAGGCUUUAUUUUAUCUUUCUCUAUAGGGACUGAUUUCUAUCUUAUGUUCUAAAAAGUAAACUAUGAAAGAAUAUAUGUUAUUUUGACUUUAAAUUUUAUUUGAAAAAAUAUUUUACACAUAUCAUCAAAGUCUACAGAAAUAUUUUAUUUACUUCUUACAAUACAACUAAUGUUAAGGCAUGUAGUAUAUUACUAGUAACAAAAAUAAUAACCCAAAUUUGAGAGGUUGCAAAUG